UGAGAGUGUUGAAGAAGCUUUAGAUGAAUACCUCAGUGAAAUGAAUCCUGAGAAAAAGAACAACCAGCUGCAGUACCUUCUGAGUGAGCGUGAGCAAGCCACCCACCGCCUAGCAUCCAUAACCACCAUUGGUGAGAGGCUCUACCCUGACACUGCCACAAAUGGCCGAGAAAAGCUGCGGCAAGACUUGAGGACGAUGCGUGAGUGCUGGGAAAGGCUGGAGGCUGCCAUAGUGGAGGAGCAGCGAAAACAGGAGGCUCAGUCCCUGCAGUGGUCGUCCUUCUCAGACAGCAUCCAGGCGGCACGCAACUGGCUUGACAACAUGGAGAGAACCAUUGUUGUGGAUCCUUCCAACUGGCUGUCACUGCAGGAACUUCGAUCAAGGCACCUGAAAAUGAAGACAACAGUACAAGACAUCACCUCAUACAAGAGGGUGUUGGAUGCUGUGAAAGAACGUGCAAGCCAACUGUUGCAAGCAUCACCGAGUAACAAAGAGGUGACUGAAGCCAUGAAGGACGUUGAAUUACGGCAUGAAGCCCUUACUGCAAAGGCAAAGAAGAACAUUGAGGACCUGGAAUGGAUGACAGACAACCUCACUACACACCAGGACCUCUCCUCCUCCCAGGCUGAGUGGCAAAAAGAAAUGUGGGAAAAGCUACACUCCUAUACAGAUUACUCUGGAAACAAGUCUCAGUUGCAGCAGCGUUUAGACCGUGUGACUGAGCUUGAGGGCAGCAAGUGUGACGGCAGAAACAUGGUUGCUCAGAUUGGCUCACAUGCCGGUCAGCUCAUGGCAAGACUUCCCGCCAGAGCCAAGGAAACUCUGGAACGUGACAUCAAUGGCAUGAA